AUCCCCCACCGGCAAACCCUAACCCCUCUUUCUCCCCUCCACGCGACGGCUCCCCGCCUCUCCGCUCCCACCGCCUCGCCUCCCGUCCCCGACGCCGGCGCCUCCUGCCUCCGCCGCGCCCGUCGAACGCUGUAUCCAGUACCGUGCAGGUAAGAGUAGGUAGAGAGGAGGAGGGUCGGGCGAGAUGGGGAUGCGGGAUAAGAAGCGGAACCAGAAGCGGGUCCUCGCGCGGCGCACCGCGGCUCCCCGCUCCGGCGAGGGCAAAGACUUCCUGCCGUUGGAAGACGGGUCGGGGAAGAGGACCCGUAAGCAGCUGCAGCAGCCUGAGGAGCCGGAAAACACCGCCACAGUUGUCUACAUUGGGCACAUCCCCCACGGCUUCUACGAGGACCAGAUGAAAGGGUUCUUUAAGCAGUUUGGGGAUAUUAAGCGGCUUAGGAUUGCUCGGAACCGCAAGACAGGAAAGUCCAAGCACUAUGGAUUUAUUGAGUUUGAGAGCCCUGUUGCGGCGAAAAUUGUAGCUGAUGAGAUGAAUAACUAUCUCUUGUUUGAGCACACUUUGCGAGUUUCACUUGUCCCACCAGAGAAAGUUCAUCCAAAAUUAUGGAAAGGAGUGCGGCGGGGAUUUGUACCAAUUGAUCGGGUAGCAAUUGAACGGAAGAUGCACAACAAGGAUAAAUCAGUAGAAGAACACAAAAAGAUGGUUGAAGGAAUUGUAAAACGAGAUGAGAAGAGACGCAAAAGAAUCCAGGCUGCUGGAAUUGACUAUGAGUGUCCAGCCCUUAUAGGGGUCAUUCAGCCUUCAGCCAAGAAGAUCAAGUUUGAUGAGAACUAGUAUUUUACACGAGUCGCAGAAGGAUCCUCUGUAAGAUGGUAGUUAAGAUGACUGGCUUGUUUUUGCGUUAAGGGAAUGGCAGCUGGCAACAAUUUCCCCUGUUUUGUUACCUACCAAUAUUCAGUGCUGUAUGAUUGACCCAAAUGAUAAAAGUAUGAAGGUGCCUUGAGAAAAAAACAAGUACUUCUGUUACA